UUUUAAUUAUUGUUUGAUUGGCUACUUUAAGCGUCUUUCAUUAAAGUGUAGUUAAUAUUAACUUAAGAAUCGUAACUAAAGAUAGCCGUAUAGUUUACACUGAAGAUCAUCAAGCGGCCUUGUCGGUCGGUGUUUUACAAUGGCUGAGUAUUUAGCUGCUAUAUUUGGAACAGAAAAGGAUAAAGUAAACUGUUCCUUCUAUUUCAAGAUUGGAGCAUGCAGACACGGUGACCGUUGCUCUCGUAUACACAACAAACCAACUUUCUCACAGACUGUGCUGUUACAGAAUCUUUAUGUAAAUCCUCAGAACUCGGCUAAGUCAGCUGAUGGCAGUCAUUUGGUUGUAGCCAAUGUGUCCGAUGAAGAGAUGCAGGAGCACUACGAUAACUUCUUUGAAGAUGUAUUUGUUGAGUGUGAAGACAAAUAUGGGGAAAUUGAAGAAAUGAAUGUCUGUGACAACUUAGGGGAUCACUUAGUUGGAAAUGUUUAUAUAAAGUUCCGUCGUGAAGAGGAUGCUGAGAAGGCUGUGAAUGACCUGAACAACCGUUGGUUUGGUGGUCGGCCGGUGUACGCUGAGCUGUCUCCUGUAACGGAUUUCCGUGAGGCAUGCUGUCGUCAGUAUGAGAUGGGCGAGUGCACUCGCAGUGGAUUUUGCAACUUUAUGCACUUGAAGCCUAUUUCUAGAGAACUAAGAAGAUAUCUGUAUUCCCGCCGCAAGGGCUCACGUCGCUCCCGCAGCAGGUCGCGCGACCGUCGCCGUCGCUCACGUUCCCGCGGUGAGAACCGCCGCCGCGACCCGCCGCGCAACUCCCGUUCCGGCCGCUACUGACCAACGAAACAAAAACCUGUGGUCUAACUCGUACCUCGUUCUGUCCCCGAGUUGCGAACUAUGUGAGAUCACACCAUUUUAC